AUGUUUCUAAAGAUACAUUUAUUUCGUUCUUGAGCAUUUGAAACUACAAACUACUGCAUUACUGUUAAGUGAGAAUUAGCAGACUAUUGGUUCGCGUGUGUUUAAUUUGCAUAACGAACCAAGACAUCCUGCGCCGACGUCUCAGAAAUGAAAUUCAGGUGCAAGCCAUCCUUCCUUGCGUUUCAGGAAGCUGAGCUCUUGCAGCAGCUCGUCUGCCCAACUGGGGGCGGCAACAAACCAGUAACUCACUCCAAGAAGUGUAGGUGGGAGGAGAGAUUCGCGUUUACAUUCUUUUUGACUCUACCCAGUUUCCGUAGCGCCUUAGCCCGCUCGAGUUUCAAUGCGCGCUGUUGCUGGACGAAGCUGAGUCCCAUAUCCCGCCCGCUGCUCUUCUGAUCAUGACUUCUCCGAGUUCCUUCACCUACUUUUGCCCUCCAUCUUCCUCCCCUGUCUGGCCAGAAUCGCUGUACAGUCUGAGGCCGGAACACGCGCGGGAGCGGCUGCAGGACGACUCGGUGGAAACAGUCACGUCCAGAGAACAGGCCAAAGUAGAAGAAAAGAUCCAGGAAAUCUUCAACUGUUACAAGUUCAACCACCUUGUCCCGAGGCUUAUUUUGCAGAGGGAGAAGCACUUCCAUUAUCUGAAAAGAGGCCUUCGACAGUUGACUGAUGCCUACGAGUGUCUGGAUGCCAGCCGCCCGUGGCUCUGCUACUGGAUCCUGCACAGCCUGGAGCUCCUCGACGAGCCUAUCCCCCAGACAGUGGCGGCAGAUGUGUGUCAGUUCCUGGAGCUGUGCCAGAGCCCAGACGGGGGCUUCGGAGGGGGCCCUGGUCAGCACCCGCACCUCGCGCCCACGUACGCAGCCGUCAACGCCCUGUGCAUCAUCGGCACGGAGGAGGCGUACGACGUCAUCAACAGAGAGAAGCUUCUGCAGUACCUGUACUCGCUGAAGCAGCCCGACGGCUCUUUCCUCAUGCACGUUGGAGGUGAGGUGGACGCCAGAAGUGCGUACUGUGCCGCCUCGGUGGCCUCUCUGACGAACAUCACCACUCCAGACCUCUUUGAGGGCACCGCUGAGUGGAUAGCCAGGUGUCAGAACUGGGAAGGUGGCAUUGGGGGGGUCCCGGGUAUGGAAGCGCAUGGUGGCUACACUUUCUGCGGCCUGGCUGCACUGGUGAUCCUCAAGAAGGAAUACUACUUGAACUUGAAGAGCUUAUUGCACUGGGUAACGAGCCGGCAGAUGCGAUUCGAAGGUGGAUUCCAGGGCCGCUGCAACAAGCUGGUGGACGGCUGCUACUCCUUCUGGCAGGCCGGGCUCCUGACGCUGCUCCACCGCGCACUGCACGCUCAAGGCGACCCCGCCCUCGGCAUGAGCCGCUGGAUGUUCCACCAGCAGGCCCUGCAGGAGUACCUGCUCAUGUGCUGCCAGUGUCCCACCGGGGGCCUUCUGGACAAGCCCGGCAAGUCGCGUGACUUCUACCACACCUGCUACUGCCUCAGCGGCCUCUCCAUCGCCCAGCACUUCGGCAGCGGAGCCAUUCUGCACGACGUGGUGAUGGGUGUGCCCGAAAACGCUCUGCAGCCCACGCAUCCUGUGUACAACAUUGGACCUGACAAGGUGAUCCAGGCCACCACGUACUUCCUGCAGAAGCCGGUCCCUGGCUUCGAGGAGCCUGAGGAUGAGGGGACAGCUGAGACUCCAAGCCACUAGAGGAUCCAGGCCGAGCUCUGUGCGCCCCACUUCCCACUCAGACAAGGUUUCAUGUUCGGUACAUAGUGCGUUCUUUGCUCCAAAGCCUUAGCUGUUGUGGAGCUGUGGUUUUCUUUGUCCUCUCCUGUCAAAACAAAGCCACUGGCUCUUGGUUUGGAGUAAAUAGUGGCGAGGUUCUUAAAAAUUCUUUUCAUCCCUAUCAAAACAAAAACCUGCCCACCUGCCCGUGCAGCGAGGUGGGGAGCAGUGCAUGCUGGGAGGAAGCCGCCCCUCCCACUGGCCCUCCAACCUGGGUAGCCACACAGAAACAGACGGUGUCUGAGUGUCACAGCAUGCAGCGCCAUUGCUGUGACUCCCAUCUGCACGGCCGUGUUAAAUCUCCAGAUGGGAACCCUCCCAGGGUGGAAAUCAGGCCGCUUCCUGCUGAGGUGUGGGGCUCUGGUGCCCACAAAACGCAUUCCCUGGAAAAGACUGUGUUGGGGCUCAUUUAGGAGGUGCUUCUGCCUCUCACCUUCCACCCUAGUCAUUUUCAAGGGACAGGAGCUGAGGUGGAGGGACGAAUGUCUCCCUGAGUUGAGAGUCACUCCCCUGCAGAACUGGAGAUCUGAGCCCGGCACCUCUCCAAGGCCGAGCGAGGGCACAGGCAGACUUGCUUCGGCCCAGGUGUGGUGACUUAGACCUGGGAGACCAGUUAUGGGUAGAAAUGCCCCCUGGUUCCACCCUUGGCCAGAGGAAGCAGCCCCUGUGCGUCCGCCCAUCGUGUACCGAGAACGUCCCCCAGUAUCGGCAGGGCAGCGCCUGCGGCCCAGGGCUCCUCUGUGUGUUUCUUUCUUUCUCCAGCCUCCCAGCCCACCCUCCUCCAAGCAGUGUUGUCUUUCCCACCCAGCGUAUUAACACUACUAAGUCUUUCCCCUUAAUUUAUGACUCAGGAUUCAUUCUCAUCCUGCCCACUCUAGGCUCAGAGAUGUCAAAUCAAGUGCUAGACAAACCAGCUGCUGCGGGGCCGGGGCCCGGAUGUAGGCCCCGGUGGGGCCUCUGCUGCCUCUUACACUGAGCCCUUGCAUGGUCGGUGGGGUGCUGAGCUUGGUCGUCAUCCGCUGCCGCGGCAAGCUCCAGGUCACUGUCCCGCCUUCGUGCGUGCACCGUGGACUGCAGGCAGACAGGAGCUCAGAGAUGCAGCGUGAGGCUCUUUUCAGAACGACUGGCCACUCGCUGCCUUGAAUUCCCUAUUGCUUCGGCGCACUGGGCUAUGUGUUACCUCCUUGAGAUAAUAAAAGAAUAACGUUUUCUAUGA